AUGAGUGGUCUCCAACGACAGUUCGCAAAGGCCAAGUUGGCAAGCUACCCCGCCACUAUGCCUUCAGCCCCGCCGACCUUCAACGAAGCAGACGAAGAGGAAGAAGCAGACUCUUUCAAUCCAGAGAUCUCGGAUAUACCACAAGGUGACGACGACUCUUCGUCCGCAUCCUCGGCAUCCUCCGCUUCUUCAACUGGCACCAUUAUACCAUCUUCGAAUCAAAAGCUAUUUGCUCGACCACGCGGAAGAACCCUCGAGCAAAUACCUUGGACAACAUAUUUCGAGCGCGAGCUUUUCCUCGAAUCGAAAACCGAGGCCUCAACGGUCAUCCACCACGCCUACCUUACUUCACCCGUUGGUAAAGCGCCACUAUUCGUAACACAUCAUGGUGCGGGCUCAUCUGGUCUCUCAUUCGCAACGUUGACUGCUGAGAUUCGAAAACGACUGCCGUCCGCCGGUAUUCUCUCUCUCGAUGCUCGAGGACAUGGGUCCACCACUGUCUCCCCCGAGGGCGAGGCAUCGGACCUCAGUCUAGCGACAUUGAGUGCGGAUCUGUUGACUGUUAUAGAAAAGACCAGCAUACAAAUGGGUUGGGAGGGUCUCCCAUCGCUAGUCCUAGUUGGUCAUUCUCUCGGCGGCGCAGUUGUGACAGAUGUUGCAAAAGGUGGAAAGCUAGGCAACGCCGUCCUCGGAUAUGCAGUACUUGAUGUGGUAGAAGGGUCCGCCAUUGAUGCACUGCAAAGCAUGCACACAUACCUAUCAACAAGACCGUCGGGAUUCCCAUCUUUAGAGUCAGGGAUUGAGUGGCACAUCCGGUCGAGGACAAUACGAAACUCGGUCUCUGCUAGAACGAGUGUUCCUGCGCUUUUAAGUUAUGACGAGAACGCAAAAAGCUCCCGUCCCUGGGUAUGGCGAACAGAUCUUGGGUCAACUCAACCUUUCUGGGAGGGAUGGUUCAUAGGGCUUAGCAAAAAGUUCCUCGAAGCCAGGGGUGGAAAGCUUCUCCUUCUUGCCGGGACGGAUAGGUUGGAUAAAGAGCUCACGAUAGGCCAGAUGCAAGGCAAAUAUGCGUUGCAGGUCUUCCCCGAGGCAGGCCAUUUCAUACAUGAAGACCUUCCGGAGAAAACAGCCAUGGUCAUCGUGGAUUUUUACAAGCGGAACGAUAGGAGUGCACUGGUGUUGCCUCCAAAGGUAUCAGACAUGCUUCGAGCCGGAAAGAAGGUGUGA